AGGCGGCGGCGGCGGCCAACAACAGCCAUAAAGACGGCAGUUAUUUGUUUUUAUUUACUUCGGACUAACUGUGGACAGUUCCACAUCCACCAGCGGCUUAAGUGGCUCUUUACAAUGGUCGCAGCCCUGUUUUGCGUGUUGUAGCCGAGGCGGGUGGGGGGGGACGGGGGGGACGGCAUUGAUCGGUGCACCCGAUUUACAAACCGCCCCCGAGCGGCGGCCGACAGACAAGACGGCCCUUUUUUGGCUGCGUUUGGGUCAUUCCUUCGUUGGACCCCGAUUUUUGUGUUUUAAAUGACUUCUGCAGGACCAAAUAAGGACAGCAUCCGGGCAGGAUGCAAGAAGUGUGGAUAUCCUGGCCAUUUGACCUUUGAAUGUCGAAAUUUUGUUCGAGUGGACCCUCAAAAAGACAUUGUAUUAGAUGUCAGUAGUACCAGCAGUGAGGAGACUGAGGAGGAAGAGGAAAUUGAGCAGCUGCGGGCCAUGAUUGACAAAAAAGAAAUAAAACCUGAAAAGAGCGAGCUUCCUAAAAAGAAAAUCAAAAAGUCUGGAACUAAAAAACACAGAAAAAGAUCUUAUUCAACCAGUGAGGAAGAAAGUGAGAAAAAGAGUAAGAAACAAAAAGUUAUUAAAAAGAAAAAGAAAACUGAGAAGAAAAGCAAACACCAAAAGAGCAAGCAUCACCACAAAGUUAAGAAAACAAAAACAAAAAAUGACUCCUCUUCAUCAUCAGAAAGUCCUAGCCCCACUUCAGACAGUGAUUAAUUCUAUGCUAUGUUACAAUCUUGAAUUUGUGCCACAAGACAAUUUUUAGAAAGAGCUGUUCUGUAUAUAAAGUCGAUUGCUCAUGCAUUCAAUGGAUGUUCUCUUUUCAAUAUAAAAAGAGUGAAUGUGUAAACACUG